CCCCUCUGGUGGCCAGCAGGGGCUACAGAGCUGUCACUCUGGAGAGGGACAGGAGAGACCGGGGGAGGCUGCAAGGCCCCGAUGACCUUGACCCGGGGUUCACUGCCCCAUAUCCCUGCUGCCUCCCGCCCACAGCUCUACAAGAGGCAGGUCUGUCAUUAGCCGCUGAACUUUGACAGUGGCCAAAGGCUCUGCUCAAUUCUCUGUGCCUGUCUCCGUCCAGCACCGCUGAGGUUCUCUGCUGAGGCCAACCGGGAAUAUCCCUUGGAAACUGGAAUCCUGCAAUGGUGGCCCAGCGUGUCAUCUGGAUCCUACUCGGAUUGCUACUGUGGUCAGACCCAGGGGCAGCCUCCCUGCCACUGCUCAUGAAGUCUGUCAUCCAGGCCCUGGCUGAGCUGGAGCAGAAGGCGCCGGCUGUCAAGGCCAGCCACAAAGCUUCUGCAUGGCUGCUGUCAGGCCCAAGCUCUGGCCCCUACAAUCACCUCUACCACUUCCUGCUGGGGGCACGGAGCCUGGAUGCUGCAGAGCUGGAUCCCUACUCACUGAGCCCAGAACUGCAAGGCCUGACCAAGGAGGUGGCUCGACAUGGUGUACGAGACGGGCAGGAAUACGGGGUGGUGCUGGCACCCGAUGGCUCGACCGUGGCUGUGGAGCCUCUGCUGGCGGGGCUGCAGGCAGGGCUGCAAGGGCGCAGGGUCAUAAACUUGCCCUUGGACAGCACAGCUGCCUCUCGGGUGGCUGGAGUCACCUUUCCAGAUGUUGCAGCCAUUGCUCCAGAUGGAAGAGCCCCCUCCUCCCCAGGACUCAGGGAUGCUGCUCCAGAUGUCACCACUGCAAAUAUUGGAACCAACUCUCCCGAUGCUACAACAGGCUCUCCAGAUGUCCAAGCUUCCUUGCCAGAUGCCAAAGCCAAGUCCCCCCCGACCACGGUGGACAGCCUCCUGGCAGUCACCCUGGCUGGAAACCUGGGCCUGACCUUCCUCCCAGGUUCCCAGACCCAGAGUCAUCCAGGCCUGGGAAGUGAGGGCUGCUGGGACCAGCUCUCUGCCCCUCAGACCUUUAGGCUCCUGGACCCCAGGGCAUCUCUGUUAACCAUGGCCUUCCUCAAUGGUGCCCUGGAUGGGUUCAUCCUUGGAGACUAUCUGAGCCGGACUCCUGAGCCCCAGCCAUCCCUCAGCCACUUGCUGAGCCAGUACUAUGGGGCUGGGGUGGCUGGAGACCCAGGGUUCCGCAGCAACUUCCGACGGCAGAAUGGGGCUGCUCUGACUUCAGCCCCCCUCCUGGCCCAGCAGGUGUGGGGAACCCUUGUCCUGCUACAGAGGCUGGAGCCGGUACACCCCCAGCUUCAGCACAUGAGCCAGGAACGCCUGGCCCAGGUGGCCACCAAUGCUACCAAGGAGUUCACAGAGGCCUUCCUGGGAUGCCCGGCCAUCCACCCCCGCUGCCGCUGGGGAGCGGCGCCUUAUAGGGGCCGCCCGACGCUGCUGCAUCUGCCACUGGGAUUCUUGUACGUGCAUCACACCUACGUGCCUGCCCCACCGUGCACGGACUUCGCGCGCUGCGCAGCCAACAUGCGCUCCAUGCAGCGCUACCACCAGGACACGCAAGACUGGGAGGACAUCGGCUACAGUUUCGUGGUGGGCUCGGACGGCUACGUGUACGAGGGACGCGGCUGGUACUGGGUAGGCGCGCACACGCUCGGUCACAACUCCCGCGGCUUCGGCGUGGCCAUCGUGGGCAAUUACACCGCGGCUCUACCCACCGAGGCCGCUCUGCGCACGGUGCGCGACACGCUCCCGAGUUGUGCGGUGCGCGCCGGCCUCCUGCGGCCCGACUACGCGCUGCUGGGCCACCGCCAGCUGGUGCGCACCGACUGCCCCGGCGACGCGCUCUUCGACCAGCUGCGCACCUGGCCGCACUUCACCGCGAAUGUGAAGACAAGGCCUGCCAGGAGUGUCUCUCAGAGAUCCAGGAGGGAGCCAUCCCUAUUGACCCUGCCUGCCUCAGACCUCCAAUAAAGACAGCAUGGAAAGAAA